AUGCUGAUAAGAUAUUGGAGGUCGGAUAAAAUGCAGUUGAGAAGGCGAUUCGAUCGCUUUUCAAAUGAACGGCAAUUGCGAGGAUAUAUUUGCUUCAGUACAUUCAGCUGGAAGCACGGGGCGCGAAAUCGUACAGUCAGCAUACUGGAAAUUCUGGGUAAAUUGCUAAGAGGUGAGCUGUGCUGGCCGUUAGCUGAGAAGAUUUGUGGAGGUGGUAGUGGUGGUGCUGGUGCUGGAGAGAGAAUGGUGAAUCGAAGUAGUAAUGUUGGCGGCACUGCUGGCACAGGCACUGGAACUGGAGGUUUCAUGGGAGGGCCAAAACCUGCGAAUAUCUCACAGUACACAUUGGAGCGGGCAAAUCGAACUCGUCUAAGCAUCGAGAAUUUCUACGCACAGGCAUUGCUGCAAUGUCAGGAACGUGAGAAACGUCGACAGAAACUUGAGGAGAAAAUGGCCACUGAAGGUGAUUUGAUUGAUGUGGCGGAGAAAGAGGAACGUCGCAGGACACUGAUGGCCAAGGAGACGGACUUUCUGAGGUUGAAACGAACCCGACUGAGCGUUUCGGAUUUCACAUCGUUGAAGGUGAUUGGACGAGGAGCAUUCGGAGAGGUGAGAUUGGUGCAGAAGGUGGACACGGGUCAUGUAUACGCAAUGAAAAUCCUGAGGAAAACCGAAAUGCUGGAGAAGGAACAGACGGCUCAUGUACGCGCAGAACGUGAUAUUUUAUCGGAAGCCGAUUGCGAAUGGGUUGUGAAAAUGUAUUUUUCAUUUCAAGAUCCAGCGAAUCUUUAUUUGGUUAUGGAAUUUCUGCCAGGAGUUAACGAGAUUCGAGUAAUUGAGCCAUUCCAGGGUCAUAUAAAGCUAUCGGACUUUGGACUGUGCACAGGGCUGAAGAAGGCGCAUCGCACUGAGCACUACCGCAAUUGGCCAAGCCAACUACCUAAAGAUUUCGUCACGAAGCCGUUCGAAUCGAAACGAAAAGCCGAAACCUGGAAGCGUAAUCGACGUGCGAUUGCAUAUUCAACGGUCGGAACACCGGAUUAUAUAGCACCGGAAAUAUUUCAACCGAACGGUUAUACGAACUCGUGUGAUUGGUGGUCGUUGGGUGUGAUUAUGUACGAAAUGCUAAUUGGAUAUCCGCCGUUUUGCUCGGAAACCCCGCAAGAGACCUAUCGUAAAGUGGUGAACUGGCAGCAGACGCUUAUCUUCCCACCUGAAAUGCCGAUUUCGGCUGAGGCGAGAAAGACGAUCAGAGAGCUGUGCUCUGAAGCUGAACGGCGUUUGGGCCAUAAGGGUGGUGUGGAAGAGCUGAAGGAUUGCGCAUUCUUCAAAGGAGUGGACUGGGUGAAUAUUCGGAAGAAUCCAGCACCGAUUCGGAUUGAAGUGAAGAGUAUAGAUGACACGUCGAAUUUCGAUGACUUCCCCGAUGCAGAUCUGGCAAUCCCACAAUGCAAGCCGGAUGUGGCUGCAUCAAAACGGCAACCGAGCGAUAAAGGCGAAUUCACGAAUUACACUUAUCGACGGUUCGAUGGUCUCACUCAGAGUCGACAUUACGAGGGCUCUGCUCCGGUUUGUUAUUAA